AUGAGCGCUUUACCCCGCAGCAAAACGUGCAGCGUGCGUAGAAUUCGCAACAUCGGUGAGUCCGAUGAGCACCUGUGUGAAGACCAGCACAAGUCACCCCCAUAUAAAAGAAGAAAAACGACGGAGUUUCAACAAUCCGGAAGGAGGAACAAUUGGGAAAGCAUCUCCACCAGUGAAGUGAAGAUACAAGGACGUUUCUCCUCCGAAAAGGAACACAUACACAAGGAACCACCCGCCAAGGAUGACGCCACAAGUAAAUCUCCCCCCAGUUGCUCAGACCCACAGAAUGCCUCAAAGGAGGAAACGCAAAUUAAGAAAUACAGCAUCGAUUUUGAUACCUUCAAUGAGAGCAUGUUCGAUGUAAGUAUCGAGCUCGGUGAUAGAGACCUAGGGGAAGGUCCCCAAUUUGAAUGCACAUCAGAGGAUACGGAGGGAGACACAGAGAGUGCUCCUUACCAGAAUAACGAGGAUGAAAAGGAUGACGAAACCGAAAGGAGGAGAGAUAACCUCAGAAGAAGCAACCACAUGGGGAACAGAGACUACCAUGAGGAGAAGGGGAACACACCCAAAUCGUCUAUGCACUUCUACAAUAGCAGUGAGAACUCUUCGCACAGCUCCCUCGACGUAAACGAAAUUUUACAAACAAGGACCCACGAACGAGUGGAAAAAAAAAACAGAAACACGUACAUCCUGCAACACAAGGAGAGAAUUAGGGAAAGGAAAAAUGAAAAAAAAAACACAAAAAAUAAUAGCACUUAUAGUAACAAUUUAAAGAAUAACUUUUUAAAGAUUACCAAAACGACAAAAGACAAUGUGAAGAGGGCCAGCAUCGCCAGUGUCAUGCUCGAGAAUUUGUCUAACCGGGACCCCGACAGCGACUUCGGAAGCGAAGUUAGCAGUGGCAACAGUGAAAACAGCCAUAUGAGUGAAAAAUCAAUAUAG